AUGUCGACGUUUAAGGAUAUGCAAGACGAGCACGCCGCGCGGCAGGCUGUGCUCAGGGAGCGUGUCGAGAUUUCGAGAGACGCGGCGCUUGCGUCCGUCAGCGGUCUGACCGAGCAGAUGGUGGAUGCGGUGAACGCCGGGACGGUGGAGGUCUUCGAGAACCAGAAGCGCGUGGAGGAGCAGGCGAGGGAGCUUCGGCGGAAGGGCGCCAAAUUCGCGGGGGUCACGAGCGAGUGGGUCCGGAUCGUGAGGGGGUUCGACGACGACCUGCGGGAAAUUGGGGACUUCGAGGGAUGGAUCAAGCGCGUGGAGCUCGACCUGAACAACUUGACGCAGGCCAUGAAGAAAGUCGCGGAGCAGGGGUCAGGGAGUCCGAGGGAGCGCGGCGCUAGCUAG